AGUCUUGUCUGUGAAGAGUGGAGAAAAGAUCAAGAUUCUUUUCACUCAAGUCAGCAAUUUGAACAUGAUGACAUCUCCAACGUUUGUUUUCUAUCUGACAUGUUUGUUCUUGGGGAAAAUGGCUCAGAUGACUAAUCUGAUCUCAUCAGUUCGUCAAGAGAGUGGUUUUGUAUCAGUUAAUAUUGGUGACAGCGUAACUUUGCAAUGUUUCUAUGAAGGUGACGUGGUAGCAAGAUUUUCCUGGUAUAAGCAAACUCUGGGACAGAAACCAAGACUCAUCUCUACCUUCUACAUGUCUAAAAAAAAAGGCACAUUUUAUGAUGAAUUCAAGAACAAUCCACGCUUCACAUUGGAUAUUGAAAAAGGUAAAAAUCACUUGAAAAUCUCAGAUUUACACAUUUCAGACUCAGCUACAUACUACUGUGCAAGUAGCUUUUCACAAAUAUUUGAAUUUGCGGAGGGCAUUACUGUCAGUGUAAAGGGUUCAGGUUUGAACAUCCAAGCUUCGGUCCAUCAGUCAGCAUCUGAGACCAUCCAGCCAGGAAGCUCUGAGACUCUGAACUGUACAGUACACACUAGGACCUGUGAUGGAGAACACAGUGUUUACUGGUUCAGAAACUCUGAAGAAUCUCAUCCAGGACUCAUGUACACCCAUGGAGGAAAGAAUGAUCAGUGUGAGAGGAAACCCAACACACAAACACACACCUGUUUCUACAACUUGCCACUGACGAGUCUGAAUCUUUCUCAUGCUGGGACCUACUACUGUGCUGUUGCCUCAUGUGGACACAUACUGUUUGGAAACAGGGCCAAGCUGGACAUUAAGUAUGAGAAAGACUCUCUUGUCUUGGUGUAUUUCUUAAUUGGCGCUUUGACAUUCACCACCAUCCUGAGUGUUUUACUGGCUUUCUCACUGUACAUUAUGAGUAAGAGAAACAGCGGCCAAUGUAGAGAAUCUUGCGUGAGAUUUUCAGCUUCCUCCACAACAAAUGCAGAGGAUUACAAAAAUGAGGAUAAUCUCCAUUACGCUGCUGUAAGGGUGAACAAGGCCAGCAGAUCAAGAAGAGGGACGACACAGAAGUUGGAUGUGUGUACUCCCGUGUAAAGCAAUAAAGCUGGACAUAUUCCAUCUUUGUCUCUGUGUAAUAGGACAUGAGCCCAUUACUGUCUUUUAAAGUGUAAUUUGUAAUUUGUCUUUUUCAAAAGCAGGAAUCGUUUUUUCAACAUUAUUUCACCCAAAACUGUUUAGUGUAAACAGUGCCGCUGCUAGCCAUUUUGGUGCCCUAAGCAUAAUUCCUUUAUUAUUCGCCCGCGCGAACAACCGGAACGGACCAUCCGGCGCGGGGGGGGGGGCACUAGACUACAGCAAUUAUUAAAUAUCUUUCUUGUUCCCCCUUUUUUGUUACAUAUACAUAGCUAAAAUGUGCCUAAUAUUUCUAUAGGCUAAUGAAAUAAUACCGGCAUUUAAAAAAAAAAAUUCAUUAGGCUAUUUUUGGUGCCCCUCAGCACUUGGUGCCCUACGCACAGUGCGUGAUGCGCGUGGUGGGAGCGGCGGCGCUGAGUGUAAAGCUUUACUUUGUAUUAAACUAACUAACUAAAGAAGCUCUAACAAUGGCAAUAUAUGAAGUACAUGAUUUCCACUUUCUCUGUGCAAAUGGGUUGCAAUGACUUUACAUCUUUUUUUUUUUUUCUGGUGCUGUUAGCUACUUGCUACUUGGGGAAAAACAUUAAAUUGUUGAUGAUCUGUACGAAUUCAAUGAUCACAGUGGAGUGAGUUAUUAAAAUGCACUGUGACUCUGCUCUAUUGACUUAUCAGUAAUCCAGGAUAUUGUUCUUUGAUUGUUCUUUGUUGAUGAAAACUGGAUUAAUCCAGUGAGUCGUGCUGAAUGGAUACGACUCCAAACCAUCUGAGACGUAAUAUAUGAAUCCAUUUUGAACUCUACUCCACAGAUUGCAAAAUGUUGGAUAAAGGUGAGGCUUUUUGCUGCCUUUGUAAAAUGCAACUGCCUUAGAGGUAAAAUUACCACAACUACUCAUCUGAAUCACCUGUGACCUUAUCAUUUAGUGUGGCAGUGGAGACAUGCAAAUGAACAGACCAUCAUUUAUUCUACAGCGUAGUUUAAGAUUAGGCUAUGAGGGCUGCAUUUCGAAUGAUUUUUAAAAAUUGAUUUGUUUUUAAAGUGACAGCUAAUGCAAAUGCAUAUGUAGAAUCAUCUCAGACAGCGAUCACAGCUAUCAGUACUUGUAGUAAUUGUGUUGAUUGAGUGUUUCAAACCCAAACUCUUUUCUAUAGUUUCCAUGUUCGACAGUGUAAUGUUAAAUGUCUCUAUGGUUGUGUCCUGUGCAUAUGUAGGAACAUCUAAAUGAUUUCUCAUUGUGUGUGUGUGCUUUCAAGCAGAGUGUUUCCACAGAGUGAAACAACAGAUUUUAUAGUAGAUUAGAAUUUGAAUUAGAAUUAAUUAGAUUUUUGGGAUCAAACUAAUACACUUUGCUCCAAUUCAAUGAUGCUGUGUGACGAGCUACUGGGACAUAUUGAGCAAGAAUGUGUGUGUACAAUUGUGUUUGCACGCACAAACCAUGAAUGCUAUCUACCAGGGUGGUGAGGACAUCAUAAACUGACAAGCCAGGAUGGUUUAUUCGUGACUAUUAGGAUAAUUUUCUGCUUGUAUGUCUGCUAAGAAACAUUGUAAACUUGUUUUUGAAAAGUGCUAAAUCACUGAAAGUUAUUAUAUAUAUACACAUUUAUAGAUUAGCCUGAACAAAAUCUGGGUUGGGAUCAAAAUAUUUUUAAAGAAAUGAGCCAGUCAAUACAUUAAGGGAUUAAAGAGGAGGUUAAAAUGAAAAGUACUUAAUAGUUUUAGUUCACUUAAUCACUGAGCCAUCGAACCGUAUAACUACACGGGACUGUAUUGCUUUUCUGAAUGUAUCUGUAUUUAUUUGGUUCAUUGACUUUUAUUGAUGUGAUGUGCUUCCGCCUGUUAGAAUGUGGUAGCCACAUGCUAAGCUGAUGUCAGUGACUUCACACAGACACAGGGUCUUGCAUGCAACUAUCCUGUUUACUAACCUGGCACCAUUUAUCCUACAUAGUUCACACAUACACUUCAAUUUGGCCCUUUAACAGAGCCACACUCUUUUCAUACAUGGCCUAGCCGCCAUUUUGAAUUUCCUUUCUUUGUCUAACCAUGCAGCUGCUGCUCAGCCACCCUUUUGAAUUAGAUUUCUUUUGUUUGAUGCCAUUUUGGACCCAAACAGCCAUUUUGGAUCACGAACACACAGACACACACACCCU